GAAGGGGGCUAAUGAACAGUGAAUAAUAGUGGCGGUAAAAAAUAAAAUAAAGAGUAUAUAUAUGGGUGUGCGUAUUAAGAUAUAGAUAUAGAUAUGGUGGUGCAGUAGCUGUGGUGAUUUGGCAUUUUGUGGUUUUUGUUCGGUGCUUGUUGGUUGGUUGGUUUGUUGGUUGCGUUUGAUGUUUACAAAGAGGAGCUAGCUUAGCUACUUUGGGCAAAAGAAACGCAGAGAGAGGUGGUAGAGGUGAACUCAGAUUUUGGAGAGAGAAAGAAGAAAAAAGGGGUUUUAUUUUUGACUCGGUUCUUCUCUGCUCCUUUUGUAGCAUGGAAUGAUUGCUCUUACAGUUGAUAUUUGAGGCUGAAAGCGAGUGCUUCUUCUUUUCUCUUUUUUUGGCUCCUUAGACAAAUAGUAAAAGCAACCAGAGAAGAUUAAUUCACGAUAUGAGAGUUCUGUUUUGGAGAUGUUUUUUUGGUUGGUUCAGCAUUCUUCUCGAAUGAGGUGUCAGUUUCGAGGUGAAUUUUUUUCAACACCCAGAUUAAAUUGCAUGCAACAGAAGCACAAGAUGUUAACUUUAUCAUCAUCUAGCCUUGCUACGCUCUGAAGGCAUGUCAGAAAAUAUCCUUGUUUUGGUUUAAAAGAGGAGGAAAAGAAAAGAGCGUCGUUUCAAAAUUUUCUAGGAAAAUUCGGAAGAAGAAGUAAAAGGAGAAUGGAUUGUACUGAACAGUUGGAAAUGCAAGAACCGAGUAUCGAAACCGAUAAGCUGAGCUACGAAAUCUUCUCCAUUCUCGAAAGCAAGUUCCUCUUCGGCUACGACGACCCUAAGCUCUGGUUCCCCAAGCACAUACCACCCAAACCCGAGCUUCAGCAACCGGCCAACGACGCCGCCUUAGACGGCGUCUCCGCCGUCAAGAACCAGCGCGGCAAGAUAUGCAUACUCGCCAUCGACGGCGGCGGCAUGCGCGGGAUUCUCGCCGGAAAAGCCCUCGCCUACCUCGAAACCGCGCUUAAGAAGAAAUCCGGCGACCAGAACGCCACCAUCGCCGAUUACUUCGACGUCGCCGCUGGCGCCGGCGUCGGAGGCAUCUUUUCCGCUAUGCUCUUCGCCACCAAGGACCAGAGCCGGCCGAUUUUCGCCGCGGAUGACACGUGGCGGCUCUUGGCAGAGCAAGGGAAGAAAUUCUAUCUUUCGGGUUCUGGCGCUGGCGAUUCCGGCGGGCGCGGAUUCCUGAGAAGAUUUUUCGGCGGCGGAGGGUCCGGUUCGGUUGUGUCUUCGACGACGGGUUUGGAGAAAACCGUGAAGGAAGCGUUUACGACGGCGAACGGUCGAAAUUUAACGUUGAAGGACACGCUUAAACCGGUUCUGAUUCCGUGUUAUGACUUAUCGAGUACGGCGCCGUUUUUGUUCUCACGUGCGGACGCGUUGGAAACGGAUAGCUUCGAUUUUCGGUUGUGGGAGGUGUGUCGGGCGACUUCGGCCGAACCGGGUUUAUUUGAACCGGUUCAAAUGCGGUCCGUGGACGGCCAGACCCGGUGCGUGGCGGUGGAUGGAGGCUUGGCCAUGAGCAACCCAACCGGGGCAGCCAUCACGCACGUGCUACACAACAAACAAGAGUUCCCGUUCGUGCGGGGCGUGGAGGACCUUCUCGUUCUGUCCCUUGGAACCGGUCAACUUUUGGAGGCCAGCUAUGACUUUGACCAUGUUAAACGCUGGAAGGCCAAGGAUUGGGCCCGGCCCAUGGCCCGCAUUUCUGGUGACGGCUCCGCCGACCUCGUGGACCAGGCCGUCGCCAUGGCUUUCGGCCACUGCCGGAGCACUAAUUAUGUCCGCAUUCAGGCAAAUGGGUCGAGUAUGGGGCGAUGUGGACCCAAUGUGGAUACAGAUUCAAGUCCCAAUAAUGUAAAGAUGCUGAUUGGAAUAGCAGAGGAGAUGUUGAAGCAGGAGAAUGUAGAGUCAGUGCUGUUUGGAGGAAAGAGGAUUGGGGAGCAGAGUAACUUUGAGAAACUGGACUGGUUUGCAGGAGAACUUGUUCAGGAGCAUCAGAGGAGGAGCUGCAGAAUAGCUCCCACUGUUGCUUUCAAGCAAGCUACCCCAAAAUCGACCUAGGUCAUUUGCCAACAGUUCAAAGAAUCAACCUAAAGAUAUAAAGGGAACCUUAGGUGAUGGGGUAAAAUGGGGAACAAAGUCUUUGGUAAAUUUAAUGGGAGGGGUAUCAACGCCCCAACUUUGGAUGUCUUGUAGUGAAAUUUCAUAUGGGGUGCAUCGUAACUACCACCAUUGAAUUUCAUUGACUACUAAAUAUAUAAAGAAUUGUUAUCAAGAACAGGUGCUGAAUUUGUCAGCUUCUGUGUAUGCAUGGCCGUGAACUUGAGUAAGUUGUCUCCUUAUUUGUUCAAUGUAAAUUAUCAAAUAUUACAAGAAGCAGUUGGUGGUAUAAAAUGGAAAAUGAAAGAACAUAGGUGAUGUCGGGCCACCGACAAUAAUUGUUAGUAUUGGGAAAGGGCAUUAUGGUAAAUUUAUUUGGAAAUGGGAAAAGUAGGGUGGGAAUUUGGAAGAUGUUAUUAAGAGGGUAUUUUGAUCAUAGAGAAUGAGAUCAUGGCGGGGCACCCUUAAAAGUCUUUCCGUAGUCCUCAAAAGGUGCUUCUCAUGUCAUAGUGCCAUGGCCGGUUGGUUUCAUUAAAGAAAUUGGGGUGGUUGACUAUUAACUUUGCUCCU